CCCUCGGAGUCUUGGAGCGGUGCUAGUACAACCUGGAACUAAGCGGCUAACGGCAGCAUGAAUACAGGGUAACAUAUACUAUGCAUUCUAGAGAAGAGGACAAGCUUGGAGUACUGCUUUUGAACCAUUUCCACUUUGACGGAGUAUUUUUUUCCCCUUCUUCCUCAUCUGUGAAAUAGAUGGACAUUAGCGCAUUCGCAUCAAUUUGACAUACCUCCAUACAUUCACUCGCCCGCGCGCACACGCCACAUAAUUGCAUAUUCAGACGGUCUCCGAUUUGGAGGUUCAAAAACAUCUCAAGGAUAUUGUCCUAAUAAACGUUGAGUCAUGGAUUCAUUUUUUAUUCCACCACGAAUUUGCUGGUGGAGGGUAUUGUUUAUUUUGACCAUCUUUCAGGACUACUUGAGCAAUAUGCUGGACUGCCCGCCAACCUGCAGCUGUUCUCCAACUGAAAUCUAUUGCAAUAAGUCUGACAAUGGAAAAUUCUUUCCCCUGCUUGCACUGCAAGAUACUGGGAACAAUGGAAAUAACAGUAUCGAAGAUGUGUUCAAGAACAUCACCUCAAUACACAUUGAGAACUGGACUGGCCUGCAGACGCUGAAAGAUGUGGACAUGGAGCUGUACACUGGACUUCAGAGACUAACAAUCAUGAACGGCAACCUGCGAGGUAUCCAGGCCAGAGCCUUCUCCCAGAACCCCCACCUGCGCUACAUAAACUUAUCGAAGAACCCUCUGACCACAUUAUCAUGGCAACUCUUCCAGAAUCUGCAACUCUUCGAGCUGAGGCUGGAAGAAGUGGUGUUUGAGUGUGGCUGUGAUAUCCGCUGGAUUCAGCUGUGGCAGCAGCGAGGGGAGGCUGGCCUGCACACCCAGCUGUUAUUCUGCAACAACGGAGCCUCCAAGAUCCCUCUGCAGGCUAUGAAUAUCUCACUCUGUGACUUGCCGGACAUCAGUGUGACGCACUUUAACCUCACGGUUGUUGAGGGGGACAGAGUCACCGUCACCUGUAAUGGAUCUGGAUCCCCCCUCCCUGAGGUGGACUGGACCGUCAAUGACCUCCACUCCAUCAAUACUCACCAGUCCAAUGUGUACUGGCCCAAUGUCCACUCCAUCAAUCUGACCCUGGUCAACGUGAGUCGUGAUGACAACUUCUACAUYCUGACCUGUAUAGCAGAGAACAAAGUGGGGAUGGCCAACACCUCCAUUCAGCUUACUGUCCAUUUCCCCCCCACCAUCCUGAAGCUGGAUGAGCCCGAGCGUCGCCAUGAAACCUGCAUAGAGUUCACUGUGCGUGGCAACCCCCAGCCCACCCUGCGCUGGUUCCACCGGGACAACGAGAUCUCCCCCAGUGACUAUAUCCGCACUGAAAUGGAUACCUACCAGGACUACCUAGAGGGAUGCCUCAACUUCAAGGACCCCACGCACCACAACAACGGCAACUACACUCUGGAGGCUAGCAACUUCCUAGGAGUCACCACCAAGACAGUGUAUGGACACUUCCUCAACGCCCCAUUUCCAGACGAUUAUGGUGAUUAUGGGACUCCUACACCGACCAUCACAGUAACACACAGGCCCGAGGAGGACACGUUCGGGGUGUCUAUUGCUGUCGGCCUGGCUGGAUUUGCCUGUGUCCUUCUUGUUGUCCUGUUUGUUCUCAUCAACAAAUAUGGACGGCGGUCAAAGUUUGGAAUGAAAGGACCAGUAGCAGUGAUCAGUGGUGAGGAAGACUCGGCUAGCCCUCUUCACCAUGUCAACCAUGGCAUCAUCACCCCCUGUACCCUUGACGCUGGGCCAGACGCUGUGGUCAUCGGGAUGACCCGUAUCCCUGUCAUUGAGAACCCGCAAUACUUCAGACACGGACACAACUGUAAUAAGCCUGCUACCUACGUGCAACACAUAAAGCGUCGGGACAUCAUUCUGAAGCGGGAGCUGGGAGAGGGGGCCUUUGGGAAGGUGUUCCUGGCAGAGUGCUAUAACCUCAGCCCUACCAAGGACAAGAUGCUGGUGGCUGUCAAGACGCUGAAGGACCCCACCCUUGCAGCGAGAAAAGAUUUCCAGAGGGAGGCGGAACUAUUGACGAACCUGCAGCACGAGCACAUUGUCAAGUUCUACGGUGUGUGUGUGGAUGGAGACCCCCUCAUAAUGGUCUUUGAGUACAUGAAGCACGGAGACCUCAAUAAGUUCCUCAGAGCUCAUGGGCCUGAUGCGUUGAUCCUGGUUGACGGACAGUCGCUGCAGACCAAUGGGGAGCUGGGCCUGUCUCAGAUGCUGCACAUUGCCACUCAGAUUGCCGCGGGGAUGAUGUACCUGGCCUCCCAGCACUUUGUGCACCGUGACUUAGCCACUCGGAACUGCCUGGUGGGCAACGGCCUGCUGGUUAAGAUUGGUGACUUUGGAAUGUCCAGGGACAUUUACAGCACAGAUUACUACAGGGUGGGAGGCCACACCAUGCUGCCCAUCCGCUGGAUGCCCCCUGAGAGCAUAAUGUAUAGGAAGUUCACCACAGAGAGCGACGUGUGGAGCUUCGGUGUCAUCCUCUGGGAGAUCUUCACCUACGGGAAGCAGCCAUGGUUUCAACUGGCCAACAACGAGGUCAUCGAGUGUAUUACGCAAGGACGGGUUUUGGAGAGGCCACGAGCUUGUCCCAAGGAGGUGUAUGACAUCAUGUUGGGUUGCUGGCAGAGGGAGCCCCAGCAGAGGCUGAACAUCAAGGACAUCCAGAAAAUCCUUUAUGCCUUGGGCAAAGCCACACCUGUCUACCUGGACAUCCUGGGCUAGUGUACGUUGAGUUUUGUCUAUCUGUCUGUUUUGUUGUCUGUCUCUACCCAACAGAUGAACAAAAACCCAGGAUUAACUCAAACAACGAGUACCUUAUUGCUCCACUGGCAAACACCUACAAAAUGGGGAUGGACUUAAGUGCCUGCUACUCCUUUCGAUACACUGGAUAACAGUCUUAAAAAAAAGCACUUUUACAUUUUGUUUACCUGCAUUCAAAAAUGUACAGUUGCUGUAUACUAUAUGAAGAGGACAUACUUAAGUUUUUCGUAAAAACAGCCAACUUAAAGUAUCACAAAAAAACAAAAACAAAAAACAGGAAGAAAACCACCAAAAAACCCACCAAAAAAAUUCAAUAAAAAAAAGCUGAAAACCCUGGAAAUUUGUUUUGCUUUUGGGAUCCUGCCAUCUUGACAGAAGAUCAAACUCCCCAGGUGAUUUUCUUUUUCCUUUUAUAAAUAUAUAUUAUAUAUAUUUUUAAUUUAUUUUUAUUUUCAAAGUGUGGAUAUCUGCCAUGUUUCUCGCUAAAGGUACGGUAUGUCACAUGUUGGAGAUGACUGGCUGAUAUUGGCAAGUCAGACAAUUGGCAGGGACUUAUUAAAGUAGGCCUUACUGCACUCUGAUUGGCUAGAUCUAUUCUCUGACUCUGGAUCCAACGAGGCGCUUAGUUACUGAUGGGAAACAGCUUUUCAAUGAGACGUGGAACUCAUAGAAAAGACAGAGCCACCAAUCAACACAGACAUCUUAAUUUAAAAUUGAAUGUAUAUACUGUACAUUUCUAUGUCACAAAAAUAUGUUAACUUAUUUCAUUUCCUAUUUAGACUAUUUUAGUUUCUUGAUGUGUUGUUAUGGUGAGUGAAUUCUAUAGAUAUUUUGAUAAUCUUUCAUUUUUUGUUACUAUGUUAUUUCUGUUGGUUUUAAUGAAUUUCAUCUACUUUAUUUAGGCUUAUCAUUUUGAACAUGUGAUUAUAAUGUGACAUUGUGAGUCAGGAUGUUAGGCUGUGACAUGAAGAGGAUUUAGACUCAGUAGAGUAAUCAGGACAGACUUUCAGCAAGAUGCAUACAGUAAAGUAGAAAGUGAUUAUGAAGAUCUUACAUAGCCCCCCACUCCCUCUCAUCCCAGCUCAUUGUUUUGUUCUUUCAGUGUAAUCUAGUAAUAGUCAUGUAUCUCAUGUACAGUACAUCUAGCCAGAGCAAAGAGCUAUAGCUAUGAUAUUGCAUUAUUAGCUGUCAGUUGCUGUCUCCUAAAAAGUAAUUUUUUAUGACAUUGUAGUAUACUUCAUCUUGUUUUCCAGGUUGUGAAUAAUGUUAUUCAACUGCCUUCAAAUAGUCAUGACCCUGACGCUUCAAUUCUGGCAGUUUAUACAAUAGGCAAUGUACUACUGGACAUUAUACACAUUGUAACACUAUACAUUCACAUAAUAGCAGUACCUUCCUCUCAUUUUUCAUACUCUAAACACUUAGAUUCAAGUUAAAGCAUUCAUCUAAUGCAGGCUUGAGAAUGUUUUCUUCUCUCAAUGUGCACAAGGUUCCAUUAAGCAAACAAUCCUUUAAGUUCCCCAGCUCUCCUAAUGUUAAACAAUAGCAAACUUGGCAAAACUAAAAUUAUUCAUUAAGUAGUAAUGAUAGAGCACUCUGUAGCUAUGGGGGCUGUUUGAAACAUUGCACUGUGAUGACAAACACUGGGGCUUUGGGAGAAAGUGCUCUCUCUCUCUCCUCUCUCCUCUCUCUCGCUGCUACUGCUUUUGCUGAGUAAUGUGAAUCAUUCAAGCUUGUGUUUGGUCUCAGUAACACCCCAAUGAUACAUCCAUAAUUAUUCAAUGCUGAGCCAUACUGGCACCAUGUUUUGCCUAUCUGCAUUUUCUUUAACAAGGAGAGAUAUUAUUUUGUGAUCAUUUUCAUAUUAACAUUUAUGUACACAAUCAUUUGUCUACUUCAACAAAAAUGUAUUUUAAAAGCUUCAAUAUUAAUUAUCUGGUCAAAACGUACAAUUAAUGUACUUUUAUUUCAAUUAAAAGUUCCUUCAUGUUAGAAUGGCGACACACUCAACGUUUUCUCAUCUUUUUUUGCAAGUACUUCAAAAGUAGCUUUUCCAUAUUCUGCCUACUCAUCACAACAUCGCAAAAACUCUUCUUCGCCUUAAUCUCUGAGUUCACAUCUGCAAAGUUUCUGAGGUGCAUCCGACUAUAGGAAUGGAAAGUGACUGGAACAUUUGUAAUCUGGUCUCUUAGUUUAUACCUUCUCUUCAUAUUUUGUCUCUGUAUGACAGAGCACGGAGGGGGGAUUGCAGAAGCUUUCCACGACAGUGGUGUGACUCCGACAUGGUUAUGUGCGAUAAGAUGCCACUUCUUUUAAUAUUCCUGUCUGUCUUCAGGCCUGCUGCUGCCUACUGUCUGCAUUGACUGACUGUCUGCAUUGACUGACUGUCUGCAUUGACUGACUGUCUGCAUUCAAUAACUUCACAAUGCACCUGCAUGCAUCCUGAUCUCCCAGGCAAAGUAAACGAGGAGAUUUCUCCUGGUAGUGCACCACACAACCCUAUCCUGCUCCUUCCUGUGAUUGAAGCUCCGCUAGUUAACAACUGCCCUCUUCCUUUCCUAACACCUCCUCCAUGGAUGAGUGCACAAAUCCAGCUCAAAUAGAGGUUCAAAUAGAGGCACACUUUACGAACUUGUUAUAAUUUAAAGAAAAAAACAUAGGGUGACUUUUACUCAUCAAAUGGAGUGCACAGAGCCCAUUCAUGCCAGAUUAGGUCCUAAUUGGAAGGAAACAGACAAAUGUCACUUCUGAGGAUGUUGCAAAAAGAUCCUAUAGGAACCAACAGACUCAGAGACAUGUUUAUCAACAGUCUGCACAACACUAGAUUGAAAAUGUUUACAAGUAUAGUAAACUUUGAGGAAAGGAACAUUUAGGCAUUGGUGUUACAAGGCGAAGACAUUUCUAAUAACAUAAAGAACACUACACAUUGAUGGUCUGAUAUAGUAUUAUUUUCAGUCAUUCACAUUAGAUAGUUUCAUUACAGUAUUUCAUAAUGAAUCACUGAAAUAAAAAAUAUGUUGACAUUUACGUUAGCCCCCUGAUAGCCCCCUCAUAGCCCCCUCAUAGCCCUCUCAUAGCCCUCUCAUAGCCCCCUGAUAGCCACCUCAUAUCCCCCUCAUAUCCCCUCAUAGCCCUCUUAUAGCCCCCUCAUAGCCCUCUUAUUGCCCCUCAUAGCCCCCUCAUAU